AUGGGGUGGCAACGGUGGGGACAGGGACUGGCUCCGUGUCGUGCCGUGCCAUGCUGUGCCGUGACGUGCCAGGCUGUGGUUGCCUACGUGCCAGCAGGCUGGACAUGCGACCUGCACUGGGCCAGUGCCCAAAACCAGAGGGAAGUGGGACAGAAGUGGAAAAAGGAACGUGGUGUGCAGGGACAAGGCAAGGGGACAGCUCUGUCCCCCAGUAUCCCCUCUGCCAUCUGGGCUGGGCUCACGUUUGGUGUUCCAGGCACGGUGCUGCUCCUGACACUGGAGGAAGGGAUCGGAGAAUUCCCAGAGAAUUCCCAUGUUGGGAGGGAUCAUACAGGGCACAGAGGGGCUGAGCCCCUCCUCAGCUGCCACCAACCUCCAGCCAGCGGCUGCCUGGUCCCAUCUGGAGCUCCAUGGCCGCGUUGGGGUCCCUGGAUGCCACAGAGCAGGAUGGGCACCACGGCCGUGCUGCUGGCCCUGCUCCCCACAGCCACUGCUCAGCCCACGCCGCCCCCGGGCUGCGGCCACGACCUCUCCUCCCUCUACUACAACCUCUGUGACCUCUCGGCGGGCUGGGGCAUCGGGGUGGAAGCAGUGGCCAGCCUGGGCGUGGUGACCACCUUCGUGCUCACCAUCGUGCUGGUGGCCAGCCUGCCCUUUGUGCAGGACCACCAGAAGAAGAGCUUGGUGGCCACGCAAGUCUUCUUCCUUCUGGGCACCUUCGGCCUCUUCUGCCUGACCUUCGACUUCAUCGUGGGGCCAGAUUUCUCCACCUGCACCUCCCGCCGCUUCCUCUUCGGCGUCCUCUUCGCCAUCUGCUUCUCCUGCCUGCUGGCCCACGCCGUGGCCCUCAACUUCCUGGCGCGGCGCAACCGAGCCCCGCGGGGCUGGGUGACGCUGGCGGCCGCCGUGUCCCUGGCCUCGGUCGAGGUCAUCAUCAAUGCCGAGUGGCUCCUCAUCACGGUGGUGCGGCGCGAGGGUGGCCCUGCAGACCCCUGCCAGCUGGCGGGCGCCGACUUCGUCAUGGCGCUCAUCUACGUCAUGGCCCUGCUGGUGGCCGCCUUCGGCGCCGCCUGGCCCACGCUCUGCGGCCGCUACGGCCGCUGGCGCAAGCACGGCGCCUUCAUCCUGGCCACCACCGGCCUGUCGGCGGCCAUCUGGCUGGCGUGGACCAUCAUGUACCUGUACGGGAACCGGCGUGCCGGCCGCGCGCCCGGCUGGGAUGACCCCACGCUGGCCAUCGCGCUGGUGUGCAACGCCGCCGCCUUCCUGCUGCUCUACGCCAUCCCCGAGGUGACGCACGUGACGCGGCGCAGCCCCGAGCAGGCCUUCGAGGGCGAUGGCUACCCCACGCGGGGGGUGGGCUACGAGACCAUCCUCAAGGAGCAGAAGUCGCAGAGCAUGUUCGUGGAGAACAAGGCCUUCUCCAUGGAUGAGCCAUCCUUUGCCAAGAAGCCGGUGUCCCCAUACAGUGGCUACAACGGCCAGCUGCUGACCAGCGUCUACCAGCCCACCGAGAUGGCUCUGAUGCACAAGGGGAUGAGUGAAGGUCCCUACGAUGUGAUCCUGCCCCGUGCCUCCACCAGCCCCAUGCCUGGCAGUGCCAGCUCCACGCUCCGAGCCGAGGACGCCUUCGCGGCGCAGGCGCGGCACUCCAGCAUCCCGAGGGACACCCGCGGCUGCCAGGUGCAGUCCCCGUACAGCAGGAACCGCUGGUGA